CACCCAGCCACACACCACACCACACCACACAGCCACACAUCACACUCCACCACACCACUCCACACCCAGCCACACACAUCACACGCAUCAUAAAGGAAUCGUAGUCAGAGAUAUUUUUACUGGCCGACUCCAACGCCAACCAAAUAUGUCGGGGCCAUCACAGCACAAGUAUCGCUACAAGAACCAAGGCUUAGACUCCGCCGAGAUGAGGAGGCGGCGGGAGGAGGAAGGCGUACAGCUGAGGAAACAGAAGAGAGAACAGCAACUCGCGAAGCGCCGGAAUGUAAACGACUUGACGGCAGGGCUUGGCGAGGACGAGACCGUCGAGGCCUCCAUGAACCAGGAGAGCAACCAGCAGGGGACGGUGGUGGGCGGCAGCCUCAUAACCUCGGAGAUGGUGCAGGUGCUGUACAGUGACGACCUGGAGGCGCAGCUCAACGCCACACAGAAGUUCAGAAAGUUACUCUCCCGGGAGCCCAACCCUCCCAUAGAUGAAGUUAUCCAGACCGGAAUCGUUCCCAAGUUUGUUGAGUUCCUCCAAAGAGAUGGCCACUGUACCCUGCAGUUCGAGGCGGCGUGGGCCCUCACCAACAUCGCCUCAGGGACCAGCUCGCAGACUCGCAUCGUCAUAGAGGCCGGCGCUGUGCCCAUCUUCAUCCGUCUCCUAAGUUCAGACUUCGAAGACGUCCAAGAGCAGGCGGUGUGGGCCCUCGGGAACAUUGCCGGCGACUCCCCAGACUGCAGAGAUUAUGUUUUAUCUGAAAAUAUCCUUAUGCCUUUACUACAGCUCCUCAGUAAGUCAACUCGCCUCUCCAUGACCCGCAAUGCUGUGUGGGCUCUCAGUAACCUGUGUCGGGGGAAGAACCCGCCCCCAGACUUCGCCCGUGUCUCACCCUGCCUCCCCGUGCUGUCGCGGCUCCUGUUCCAUAGCGACGCCGAUGUGCUGGCAGAUGCUUGUUGGGCCCUCAGCUACCUCAGUGACGGGCCCAAUGAGAAGAUACAGGCCGUCAUUGAUGCUGGGGUGUGCCGCAGACUGGUUGAGCUGCUAAUGUUCAAUCAACACAGCGUGGUGGCGGCGGCGCUCAGAGCGGUUGGCAACAUUGUAACCGGCGAUGACGUCCAGACACAGGUUAUUUUGAACUGUUCCGCGCUCCCCUGCCUCCUCCACCUGCUGUCGUCUCCCAAGGAAUCCAUCCGCAAAGAAGCUUGCUGGACAAUAUCAAACAUCACCGCCGGCAACCGCUCGCAGAUCCAAGCCGUCAUCGAUUGCAACAUCUUCCCCGUGCUGAUUGAGAUCCUGGGCAAGGCAGAGUUCAAGACGAGAAAGGAGGCGGCGUGGGCCAUCACCAACGCUACCUCCGGCGGCACCCCAGCGCAGAUCAGAUACCUUGUGGAACACGGAUGCAUAGCCCCUCUGUGCGACCUGCUGACGGUGAUGGACGCCAAGAUAGUGCAGGUGGCGCUGAACGGCAUCCAGAACAUCCUGCAGCUGGGUGAACAGGAGGCCAAGACAACCUUCGGCGUGAACCCCUACGCUGUGCUGGUGGAGGAGUGCUAUGGCUUGGACAAGAUCGAGUUCCUGCAAAGCCAUGAGAACCUUGAGAUCUACCAGAAGGCCUUUGAGAUCAUUGAGCACUACUUCGGGGGUGAGGAGGAGGACUCGAAGGUGGCGCCCCCCGUGGACGAGUCGGGCAACCAGUUCCAGUUCAACCCGGAAGCUGGCGCCCCCCCGCAGGGAGGGUUCAACUUCUAACAGGACCCGCUGGACGCUGAAGUACAUUUCUAUAAAGCUAGGAACCUAUAAAGCUUUGUCAUUAUGGGACUUUUUCCAGAAGCCGCGUUUAUUGUGUUAUUUGGGGUACUUUCCACGCCUGGACAUCAGUAUAUCACAAGGUCAUUUUUAGUGAGUUUUAGUGAAUAAAAUGAUGAUUAUUUUCAUUGGCACCACGAGUUUGUUUUUAUGGUUUCUUGUCAUGAGUUAAAAGCAAAAUACUAAAUCGCAACCUGGUGUACCAAUCCCUGUGGCUUUAGAAUAUUUUAAAGAUCGUUUGGGACAUGCACUCACAGCCUUGUUUGCCGUGCACAGCCAAGUAUAAAUAAUCUGGCUGUGGAUGGACUUGUAAGCUUUAAGUCCAGGAUGUUAUGUAAAAAUCCAGCUGCAAUUACACAUUUUGCCUGAUGGAAAGAUUGGCCAUGAACCCGUCACAAAAAGUUACGUCAUGUCCCUAGUUAGUAAUAUCUGAUGUCCAGGAGAGUACGUCCUCGUCAUUUGAUUUGCUCUACAUAUAAUGAAAUAUGUAAAGUCUUUUCACAGAGUAUAUUAAAACUUACAUACUUUGUUCUUCCCAAAUCUGUGUAACAGUACUCCUAGAGUCAACUUUUACUCCUUACACUGCUCUCUCUCUCUCUCUCUCUCGCUCUCUCUUUCCUGUAACAGUCGCUUCACAACAAUCUGAAAACCGUGAUUUAUAAAGUCAAAAGAUGCACUUCCAUCAUCCCCUAAUGACUAUAAAUCUCUCCUAACAUAGUCAGUCACUUCAUGAACCUCUAUGUCCAGCUGGUGUCCACAGGAGGCUAUCGACAAAACUCAUAAAAAAAAAGAAAAAAAAAAAGAUUUUGUUAAGAAGAGUUUUAUUAGUUAACUUUUAAUGAAAUGAUGAGUGUAAAAGAACAGUUUUGGUGCAUAACUUUAAUGAAUUUGUUUUUUAUCGGUGCCAACUUUGGGUGUGUUCUGCCUUGAGAGUACAUGCUGCAGCGAUUCCUUGUCCUUGUUUGUUAUGCGUUACUUCUUGAUGAGAUACCACGUCCUUCACAACCUAAUCCAAUUUUUGAUGAGAUACCAAGUCCACCACAACCUGAUCCACCGAGAGAGCCCAGGUUCGAUUUCCGGGCGGAGUUGAGAAAUUUGGGCGGCUUUUCCGAUACCCUACACCCCUGUCCACCCAGCAGUGAAUGGGUACCAGGUAUUAAUCGGGGGUUGUGUCCCGUCUCCUGGGAUCUGUUCCCUUCUAUAAUUCCUUCCCCUUCUGUCUCUCUACGGCAUAUGACCACAGAUGUUGCGCUGACUAAACGAAACUUCCCAACUUUUCCUGAUCCACCUCAGCGAUGAGCACAGAGACCACAUGCAGCCUACGACCAAAUUUUUAAACGCAUUGGGCUUCCUUUACGACCAUUUCCAAAGGCCGCAGAGAAGAUUAACUGGGUUUUCAUAUGCGAUUUUUCCGUUCUGUUCAGUUCAUCUAUCACUAGGAUCACAAAACAGUCCAUGAAAAGCCCAGCACCUUCCACAAGAGGCUUUUCUAACAGGCAAACUGAGAACAUAAGAACAUAAGGAGUCUGCAAGAGGUCGGUUGGGCAAUACGUUUAAGAAUACAGACCCUAGUGUACUAUGACCCCAACAUUACUUAAUAACUGCAACACAAGUGGCUGAGUGUACCAUUGAGAAUCUUUUAGAGCUCAUUCAUAACUCUGCCAGGAUCAUUUAACACUGAAUUUCAAAGUGUGUGCAUUAAUAAUAGUGUCCCCUACAAGUUAUGCAUUCCCUUUUUCUCUCGUCGAGGUGUUGACAAGCAUUGACCUCCAGUAACAUUCAUAACUCGCAGGCCGGGCCAACCAUAACCUAAACUAAAAAUGGGGAAAGGGAUUAAAUGUUCUCAAGGUGAUUAGAGAGAGAGAAAAUAGGGAAGUAAAAGGAGAAAUGAAAGAAAGCAGGAAAAAAUGUGAGGAGAGAGAGAGAGAGGUAACAAACGAAAACGAAAGCAUGAACAAGAGUGAGAGAAUGAGAACAGAGAGCGAGAGUUUCUGUAAAGGCGUGUAUCGGUGAGUUCAUUUUUCUGCGCGUGACAGACAUUCCCCGUUUUGCUCCAUCUUCUAAUACAAGUUCCGUCACUUUACCCCCUCGGCUGCAAAAUUUUGGUGUUCUCUGACUAAUAUAUAAAUAGAAUGUACUUUUGAAGGCAGAACACACCCUCACUUGCACCAGUUUAUCUGUAAUGAGCCAAGGAAUAUGCGACACACACACACACACACACACACACACAAGACAUACGCACACACACACACACUUAGGCGUUGCAAUGUUACCACCUCACAUUCUCACACCAUGUCACAUCACCACAUACUGUAAUUAUACCACAUAACUCCUCCACUUCCCUGUCCACACUACAUCACAUCACCACAUCAUGUCACACCACACCUACCCACACCACGUCACACCUUCCCACAUCACACCUAACCUCUCCACAUCACACUUAACCACAUCAAGUUAUAUCACACAUAUUAUAUUACAUCUUAGAUUUUCCACCAGAAUGGCUAAAUUGUUGAGUUUUGGGCAUAGGUACAUUAUGAAUUAGUUGUUUGAAAGAUUGGCAGUUAGAUAUUUAGCCCAGAAUGAAUUUGCACUAAAAUAUAUAUAUAAAAAAGUUCAACAGGAUUCCCUUCUCUGAUUCUGUAAAUAAAAGUUGGAACUUAAGACUUAGAUGUCCAGGGAAGCCACAUUUCAGUUGACUUCAUUAAAGGAUAAAAGACAAAAAAACUUGGUAAUAUACGUUUAAGAACACUCUCUUAAAUUGUAAGUUUGAUGAGACAAAUUAGUAAAUGAGAGACAGUGACUAAGUAAGGAACACGUUGGCACAGCUUCAUGAGAGGCAGUGUGCCGUUCAAGACUGGAAUUUAUAGUUUUCAAUGUUUCCUAAGGGUGUAAGGGUUAAUACACAUAAUGGUAAACCUCUCUAUGUCGGACUUCACUAUAACAAGAUUUAGUUUGUUUGAAUGUUAUUUGUUAUUUUUUGAAAUGACCUUUGAGGAGACGGCCAUGGCAGAAACCUUCAGUCCUUGUCAUUGUGCUCCCUCCUGCAAGAGCAACACAGCACCCCUACUCCAGCUGUCCUACUACUCCUGAGCCUUACCAGCUCAUUGUGCUGACUCUUCCCAUGGCCAGGACACUUUGACGUCACUUUUCUCAUUCCAACAUUCUAGACUUCACGUCCUUGUGCUGUCACCCACGACACACUUCUUCCACACAUCAUUGCUCUUGCCUUCUUGUCUUGUCAGCUUCUGCUGUCAGGUUGCUCAUUUCCACUACAUUCAACCCUCCUCUUGUACCUCAUUCCAGGUCCACAUUUAUCUAAUGUAGAUCAUUACUGAUAGAUUUCUUACUGCUCAGUUGCAUCUCUUCCUCCAUGCUCACCUAUCUCACUAGAAUUUCUCUAUAUUUUCCUUUGUGGACAGUACUGGAUUUUCAUGCUUUUCUAUCAUAACUUGGACUCUGGAACCAGAGUUAUCACAAUUUGAUUAAACUUUUAAUACAAAUUAAAAAAAAAAAUGCCAUGAUCUACAUUUGUUCUCAGUUCUUUAACUUACAUUGCCAAGACACCAGAGGUCCUCUCGGGGCGCCAUAUGACCGCUGUAGUUGCGGGGCCUUGACUACCCACCUCUAUAAAUCAAUUAAUCAAUCAUGUUAUCUUGGGGUUUGCAGGUCAACAACAAACCCCAUAGUCCUGUAAUAUCAAGCCCUCAGGCUGUCCUCUGUACAGAACUGUAGAGCUAUCCCAGGGCUGUCCUUACACCCCUCACAUGGCAAGGUUUACCCUGUCAUUGACUCUGAAAUGUUUCCUUCUUCUGAUCUGUUCACAUCAUGAUCGUCUCCUCACUUCAUCGUCUCUUCUGCAUGACACAGUAUUCUUUGGCUUCCGUCAGUGGCUGAAAAUUUUGCUUUGCCCAAAAGUGGCUCCCUCCCCUCAGUCCGAUAUGGUCAGGGUUUUGCUGUGUGUGUCCUGUGGCCCAGGGUAGUGCUGGGCUGCAAGAGAUGGUAUCAGUUUUGUUAUAUAUGUGUUAUGUUUACAAUUCUACCUUCUCCCCAACACACACACACACACACACGAGUACAUUAUGUGUGCAGGGUUCCCGUGUGUGGCGGGUGGCAGGAUGCCCGCCGCGGGGAACACUCCUGCAUGCCCACCCUUAGUAUGUGUAUUUGUUUGUGACUUUCCUGUGAGUGUUUCCUUGAGUCUUGCAUUGAUUCCACUUUGUUGGUUUGCUUCCACACACACACACACACACACACACACACACACACACACACACACACACACACAGUGAUGCCAUUGCCAUAUAUUUGUGGUGAGUUGUAUUGCACCGUGGAGCUUGAUUACUUACUGAUCAUGUUCAGUAUGGCAAAACCCAGUUUAUUAAAAUUAUACUUCUAGUUAUAUUAUAGGGUAGAUAAGAAGAUGAUUUCAUAGCUGUAAUGUUUUAAUUAUUGUGUGAAUAUUCCUGAGCUGCUUUGAGAAUGUAAACGCAUAUUUCUUUUCUCUGAUUCCUCUUCUCCGCUCCUCCGGAAGUUUCCAUUCUGGUGAAAAAGGUAUUUGCAAACACUUACUUGAGGAUGCAGAGCUUUAUCUUUAGUUACAUUCUUUUGAGUAAUCUUUAGUAUACAUAUAUAUAUAUAUAUAUAUAUAUAUAUAUAUAUAUAUAUAUAUAUAUAUAUAUAUAUAUAUAUAUAUAUAUAUAUAUAUAUAUAUAUAUAUAUAUACCUCCAACACCUAUUCUUCAAGCUGUGAAACUGAUGAACCAAAUAUUAUGUGAGAGAAUAUAGUGUUGCUUAAUUGUCUCUGAUUAUUAGUCAGGAAGUAGUGAGGAUGAUGAUGUAAAUAUGGCUGAAGACUAAAUUUCUGUGAGGACUGGUGUCUGUGCAGCAGCUGACGGUGUUACAGCCGGUCGUGGAUCACGGGGGCGGCAUUAUGGCCGCCAGCAGUGGGCCGAGGGAGGCCGCGGGUUUUAAGGAAAAUUGAAUCAGACUUUUGAGACAGGUUCGGUUGAUUUUUUUUCUUUUUUUCAGUAAUAAAUUUUGAUGUGUAGCUUUUUAGGAAAGUAAAAACUGCUAAGUUGAGUAUCAAAUCUUCAGUUAGACAAAUGUUUAUCUGUAGAAAGUAAAUUGAGAAUUUACAUGCUAAGUCAAUUUGUCAUAUCAAGAUGGCAGUGUGUACAUAGAGUUUAGAAUUCAGGUGUUCAUUUCUGUAUUGUGGUCCAAAUGGGUUAUUAAGAAACAAGAAUUUGUUUGGGCAAUAAUGGUUGCCUGUAUUGGGGGUACAAGGAUUUGUUUAAGCCACAUUCAAGUGUUGGUUUUCCUUUAUCGAAAUUAUAAAAAUAUUGGAGCUCAGUUCAUCAUUGGCUGCUUGGCUCACAACUUGCCAACAAAUAUGUAAAAUUUAUAUUUCCUGUGUGAAGAGCUCUGUGGCAGGUGUUUGUUUUGCCAAAGUUUGGUGAUCAAAAUAUUUAACAUUUUGCAUCAAGAAGCCAGAAAAAAAACAAUUUACAGGCAGUAUGACCUUGUUUGUUUUCAUUGUUAGCUGACAUGCACCUUUGAAGGUGGAGAUUUUGGGAAAACUCAUGGGAAACUACUUUUUUUUUUUUUGUCUUGUCUGAAUUAUGAGUCCAAGUGUAGUUGUUUUGGCCCUUCCCUUGUAUCUUUAAUAGCUCAAGUACUUUUUUGCCAUCAUUUUUCUAAUAUGUGAUCAAGGAUUAGUCAGCUUUGUUAGUUUAUUUCUCACGAGAGGCUGUGUCGGCAAUAGGGUCAGCCAAGUGUGUGCUCGUUGUAGAGUGCAUUGUGUGCGGUCCGUGUGCGUGGGAGUGGCCAAGGUGCACGUGAUAGUAUGCUGUCCAUGAACAUAUUUUCUAUUGACGCGUGUGUGUGACGCAUGCAUGGACGGACGCGUGGGUGGACAUGUGUAUAUGUGUAUGUAUGUAUGUAUGUAUAUUUAUGACAAGAGUGAAUGUGUGAAACUUUUUAUAUUAAUUUGUUAUUAAAAGUAGAUGUAAUGAUAGUUAUUAUUGCAAUUUAUGAACUGCACUUGACUGUAGUCAGAAUACUUUGCAGAGAUUGAUAAACAUUGUAUGCAUUCUACCAGUAUCUCCAUGUUCACAAAAGAAACACUCUUGUUAAUGUAUUCAAUUGAAUUUUGUUUUACUCAUGUGCAGUGACCAAUGGGAAAACUUCAGAAUAGUGACAUCUAGGAAGGAUGGAAAAAAAAAAAAAAAAAGUGUCCUACAAACGUGAACAUGGCCCUGAAAAGCUGAAAACACCUGCGUUAUCAAUAGUGCAUUUUACAAAGCAUGAAUUGUACUUUGUGCUUCCUAAGUGACUUAAAAAUCCUUCUUUUGUGAGCAUUGAAAGUUAACAGUGGCGGUGAGUCUGGUGGUUCAAAACGAGGCGAGAAACAUGCCGUGAAUGGGUGUGGAUGCUGGUGACUCAAGCAGAUCAAUGACACAAGACACUACUGACUUUAAGCAAAGAAGUCGUGACGUGUGAAGUGAAAAUCAAGAAAAAUAACUUUGGAUGUAGCCGUGCGUGCGCCAGUGGUGACGUCUCCUUCUCGAGUGAGUGUACCAGUGAAAAAGGUGUGUACAAGUGACAUACUGAACCUCGUGUGCAUUGCCUGUGGGACUUUUUCUUUUCUUUUUUCAUAUUUGUGUGAUGACAGUGAUGCGUUGCCGUGUGAACAGACUAUUGCUUUGAACCCUUCUGAAUGCAUGGUAGAGGACAAAUGGUUACUUUUUUUUUUACUUGUGGAGUAAGAGAAGCCUCGUUGCUUCUUGAGGAUGCCUAUCAGAUUUGUUCCCAACUGACAGCGUGCUUUCUCUGAGCCAAGGCGAGUCAUUAUGCUAGUGUGGGUGGAUGUGUUAGUGUUGUCUGGGACCUUGUAACUACUACUUCUGACCUUGCAAACGGCCUUCACAUGAAUUGCAUUUGUCGUACAGGACGCCCUCUGUCGCUGUACACUUCCCAGCUCAGUAUUUUGUUGCCUAUCAUCUCAGGCCUCGCUGACAGGUCUUGUGUCGACAACCACUAAUAGUUCUGUUGGCGCCCUCGCAGCCUUGUUCCUGCAUCUGCUUUUUCCUUUUUUUUAUAAUGUUUACAUGGUGAGAGGUCCCAGCAACACUCAAGGCCCAUGCAUUGCCUCAGGAAGCAAUACAUGAUGCCAUUGUGAUAGUGAAGUUAGUGAUAGUGGCUACGAUAUUGUGGGUAGUAAUGGAAUAGGUAUCACCUGUAUUACAUGGCGUGAAUGUGAUCUGAUGGUGACGAGUAUGUGUGGAUCUUGAGUAAAUGAUGCUCCCUGACCCA